CAACUGUAAAGGCAAAAACAGACUUCUGCAGCGGAGCGCCUCGUUGGGGAAUCCUUUUCCUUGCCCUCCUCUCACCUUCUCCGAGAAGCCAUCGUCACCUUCCCCAAAACCCCAGCCAAGCCCGGCCCCCUUUUAAAUCCCCUCUUCUUUCUCUCGUAGCCCCAUCAGUCCGAAGCACUCGGGAGAGGCUGGAAACCCCAAGGAGGAGGAACAGGAUCCAUGGCGGGAGAUGGCGCAGGAAACGGCUCAGAUGCUCGCAGGACCCCGGAGGAGGAAUUUCCUCCCUGCUGCAGGAAGGCCAGGGCUUCGGCUCCCGAAUCCGAAGCUAAGUGCCAUGAGACCGUGGUGUCCGGGUGGUUCUCCAAUUCGUCGCUCUCUGAUAAAGACGGCAAGUUCAUGUACUUCAACAACCCUAUGUGGCCAGGAGAGGCUCAUUCUUUGAAGGUUGAAAAGAUUCUAUAUCAGGGGAAAUCAGAGUUCCAAGAAAUUCUGGUCUUUCAGGUUCUAAUAAUUUUUAGAUACAGAUGCACAUACUUUUUAAAAAAAGCUAUUUCUAGUUUUGCAGCUUUAUACAGCUUAGGAGUUAUAUAUCUGUAUAUCUUUCUGCAGUCCUCAAUGUAUGGAAAGGUUCUUGUGCUUGAUGGCAUUGUCCAGUUAACUGAAAGAGACGAAUGUGCCUACCAAGAGAUGAUUGCCCACCUUCCUCUUUGUUCAAUUCCAUCACCCAAAACUGUCUUGGUCAUAGGAGGUGGUGAUGGUGGCGUACUUCGGGAAAUUGCUCGACACAGUUCUGUGGAGCACAUCGAUAUUUGUGAAAUUGACAAGAUGGUUAUAGAUGUUUGCAAACAAUUUUUUCCUGAUCUGUCUGUUGGUUUUGAUGAUCCUCGUGUUCGACUACAUGUUGCUGAUGGGAUUAAAUUCUUACGAGAUGCUCCUGAAGCUAUGUAUGACGUAAUUAUUGUUGAUUCGUCUGAUCCAAUAGGACCAGCUCGAGAGCUUGUCGAAAAACCAUUCUUUGAGAUGAUUGCAAGGGCCUUAAAGCCUGGUGGUGUUCUUUGUAACCAAGCAGAAAGCAUGUGGCUUCACACACAUCUCAUUCAGGAUAUGCUCUCAAUUUGUCGUGAAAUUUUUAAGAGUGUCCAUUAUGCCUGGGCAAGUGUUCCUACGUACCCAAGCGGCGUGAUUGGAUUUUUGUUGUGUUCGACGAAUGGCCCACCUGUCCAUUUCUUGAACCCAAUAAACCCAAUUGACAAACAGGAGGCUCUUAAAUGCAAGAGGGAGCUGAGAUUCUAUAACUCAGAGAUGCAUAAGGCUGCAUUUGUUUUGCCAUCAUUUGCGAAAAAGGAAUUGAGCUCGUUUCUCAGCUCACCGCUUACGGUGUAAAUAAAUCUUUUAGAUACUUUUGCUGCUGCCCCGGUGGUUGGUUGCAAAAUACGAAGCUAAUUAGCGGUCGGUCUUGUGAUGUCGUGGCAUGUUGUGUUGUUCCCCAAACUUUUGAUAUUGUUGUUGUAACAGACUUUUAAUAACAUCUACCGAACAAUCCUAAGCAUGGCUGGUGGCAUUUAAUGUUCAUACGAUAUAAAGUGAAACUUUAUGCAA